CACAUGGGCCCUCAGCCACCCAGCGGGCUAACCUAACGUUAGGCUUAGCUAGUCCAAUUUAGCUAGCUACGACAACCAAAGAAAAAUCAUUCUCAAAGAGGAAGAAGUGAAUUGGGGAACGAGGGAGCGGUUUUGGAUAGCCUCUGUGUGUUUUGCUCUUCAGAAAGUUGUGUCUUUCUAUGAGAACAUAUUUGGAAUAAAAAUGCUGCAAAGAUCCCCUUUAGCCAGUCAACCUGAGGUCUUCAAGAACCAAUUCAUACACUGACCAUCAAUGAAACCGUAUCUGUGCUGUGUACACGUUGAAGUCGGAGCCGCUCCUCGGGUAUUUGCCAGUGCGCACCACAGAAUCUCUUCACGUCACACUGUCCGGACUGUUGCUGCGGCCGGAGCACCUGCAGGCGCGGUGGAAGGAGGGGAAGAAAAAAAAAAAGGACGAAGAAGAAGUGUGCAAGGGACAUUUGAGAGCGGAGGGAGGAGAAGGGGCUGGGCCGGCGGGAGGAGCGCACCAUGGCCUCAAAGGAGACCACAACGGCGGGCUUCGUUAACGUCAGCAGAGAAAUCACAGAGAGCAUCAAGAAGUUGCUGGACAAGCAGGCCAUUAAGUUUGUGCGAGCCAUCAAGCAGGACACCAGGAGCGGCAAAAUGGAGGACAGGAUUCUGGUCCUGGCAACAUGGAGACUGUAUCUCUUUGCUGUCAAAGUGCCCACCAAGAUGGAGGUCACCUUCAACUUCCUGGAAAUCCGAGCAAUGAACACUUACCCAGAACACCAGGUUGUCAUUGAUACAGACAAGACCACCUACUCGCUGAGAAUACAGACCCAGGACCAGCUGGAUCACAUGGUCAGCCACAUCAACUACGCCCUCUCCCGGGUCUUCAACAACUCCAUUUAUGCUCCUCCUAUUUGUCGAGCAGAGGGAGACCUGAGUGAAGGAAGUCACAAGUUUUCACCAAACUCUGAAUCAUCAUUGGAGCCCCAGAAAACAUGCGGAGGUUUUUCUGAAACCUAUGCUGCUCUUUGUGACUACAACGGAAUUGGCUGCAAAGAAGAAGUGCAGUGGGAUGUUGACACCAUCUACCACUCUCAGGACAACAGGGAGUUCAAUUUACUGGAUUUCAGCCAUCUUGACAGCAGGGACUUGGCGGUGAUCGUGGCAUCCAUUGCGUACAACACCUGGUUCACCAAGCUGCACUGCAAAGACAUGCGCAUAAUCUAA